UCGUAACUAAUUUCAGAGCUGUUGUGAACAAUGGCGACGUUUCGACGAAAGUGACAUUCUGACGAACAAAUGUGUUUUCACACUUUAACAUUAAUCUUCUUUUGUAGAUAUUAAUUACGCUCAUUAGCUGCUAAAUCAGCAGAAAUCCGUGUUUUAGAAUGGCUUUGAACGCUAACGCGUUAUCCAGUGACAUAAGCCGAAGAAAUCCACAAGAUGAAUACGAACUCAUUCAGAGGAUAGGCAGCGGAACGUACGGAGAUGUUUACAAGGCCAAAAGACUUUCCACGAAUGAUCUCGCUGCAAUUAAGGUUAUCAAAUUGGAACCAGGAGAUGAUUUUGCAAUAAUUCAACAAGAAAUUUUAAUGAUGAAAGAUUGCAGACAUCCUAAUAUUAUUGCCUAUUAUGGAAGUUAUUUGAGAAGAGAUAAAUUAUGGAUUUGUAUGGAAUAUUGUGGAGGUGGUUCUUUACAAGAUAUAUAUCACAUUACUGGGCCUUUGUCAGAAAUACAAAUAGCAUACAUGUGUCGAGAAACACUUUUGGGAUUGGCUUAUUUGCAUAGUAUGGGCAAAAUGCAUCGUGAUAUUAAAGGUGCCAAUAUAUUAUUAACCGAAGCUGGGGAUGUCAAAUUAGCUGAUUUUGGUGUAUCGGCACAAAUUACUGCAACUAUUAAUAAAAGGAAGAGUUUCAUUGGUACUCCUUAUUGGAUGGCACCUGAGGUUGCAGCUGUAGAAAGAAAGGGUGGUUAUAAUCAACUUUGUGAUAUUUGGGCAUGUGGAAUUACUGCAAUAGAGUUAGCUGAAUUGCAACCACCUAUGUUUGAUUUACAUCCUAUGAGAGCACUUUUUCUUAUGUCCAAAUCUGGAUUUAAACCACCUACGUUAAAAGAUCGUGACAAGUGGAGUCCAACAUUCCAUAAUUUCGUAAAAAUUGCUCUAACUAAAAAUCCUAAGAAAAGACCAACUGCUGAAAAAUUAUUACAGCAUACAUUUUUUCAAGGAGAAAUGAAUAAACGUUUAGCUCUAGAAUUAUUGCAAAAAGUAUCGAAUCCUAGUCAUAUGUUCACUGAAUUAGAAGCAGAUGAAGAUGGAGCUGUACCUAAUGUUCCACAGAGGAUAGCAUCGCGUCAUACUGCAAGACCUAGACCAAAAAGUCCUAUACCACAAUUAGAUAGCGACGAUCAAAUUAAUCUUGAUGGAACAUUGCAAAGAGAUGUGAUUUCUCCAUCUGUAGAUACUAAUCCAUCAUGGGAUAUCAUGGAUAUUAUGAAUAAUGUCAAGUCAGUUCAUAACUGCGAUGUUCAUCCAGAUUGUGGUAUUGGCACAGCAUUUGAAGAUGUACAAGAAAAUCCUGUUGGCGCGAACGUUACAACAGAUAAUAGAGAGUCGCGUCGAAGCAAAACAGGCACAGAGAUAUUUCAUAUGAGUUUAAGGAGUCUAUUGCAGUACAUUGAUGAGGAGUUGUUGCUAAGGGGGAAUGCAAUGUCGAUGGUUGGUGGGCAUUGCGACCAGCUAUAUUCCCUGCAAGCUACACUUCCUCUUGGAGAAUCAUCAAAUGAUUGUGAAGUGCAUGGCGCAUAUUACAAUAUAUCAGGAUCACAAGCAAGUCCAAGACGCCAUAGCUCUGUAGAUGAAUUAUAUGGUUUAGUAAACAGUACUCAAUCUUUGGCUGCUAUGAAUGGACAACGUCAACGAUCUCUUUCGGAUAGUGGUCCUAGAGAUGAAUCUCCUCAAUCAAAUGGUCAAAAUGAGAUGUCAGGCGAGGGAGAUCGAGAAGGUAUGAGCCCAGAUUUAUUAUCCGAUACUCCUCCUGUUCCUCCGAGAAGAAGGGAUAGAAAACGUCAUACACCUCCUAGACCUAUCAGCAAUGGACUGCCACCAACACCUAAAGUUCAUAUGGGAGCAUGUUUUUCGAAAGUAUUUAAUGGUUGUCCAUUAAGAAUACAUUGUACUGCAAGUUGGAUUCAUCCAGAUACAAGGGAUCAGCAUUUAUUAAUUGCAGCAGAAGAAGGAAUUUAUAAUUUAAAUUUAAAUGAACUUCAUGAAACUGCAAUAGAUCAAUUAUAUCCAAGACGAACUAUUUGGAUGUAUGUCAUCAAAGAUGUUCUCAUGUCUUUAUCUGGAAAAACUCCUCAAUUAUAUAGACAUGAUUUAUUAGCAAUGCAAAGCAAACAAACCCAUAGGUUUUCAUUACACAUGAAUAAAAUACCUGAAAGAUUAGUCCCUAGAAAAUUUGCCCUAACUACAAAAGUACCAGACACAAAAGGUUGUACUAAAUGCUGUGUAGGAAGAAAUCCAUAUAAUGGAUAUAAAUAUUUAUGUGGUGCAAUGCCAACUGGAAUAUUUUUAAUGCAAUGGUAUGAUCCUCUUAAUAAAUUCAUGUUGUUAAAGCAUUUUGAUUGUACAUUACCAACACCACUAAAUGUAUUUGAAAUUAUUAUUACACCUGAAAUGGAAUAUCCAAUGGUGUGUGUAUCUGUGAAACAACCAUAUCAACAAAAUAAAUUAAAAUUGGAUUUAAUCAAUAUGAAUUCAGGAGCAAGUUGGUUUCAUAGUGAUGAAUUGGAAGAUAUGGAUGGUUCUGCUACUGUGAUACCAAGAAGAGAAAAUCUUCAUGUUAUCAAUGUUACACAGUUAGAAAAAAAUGCAAUAUUAGUCUGUUACGAUAAUGUAGUAAAAGUGGUAACAUUGCAAGGAAAACCUAGAUCAAGCAGAAAGCACAUGUCAGAAUUACAUUUUAAUUUUCAAAUUGAAUCCAUUAUUUGUUUACCAGAUAGUGUGCUAGCAUUUCAUAAACAUGGUAUGCAAGGUAGAAGUUUCAAAAACGGUGAAGUUACACAAGAAAUCAGUGAUCCGAGUAGAACAUACAGAUUACUUGGAUCAGAUAAAGUUGUGAUGCUGGAAAGCCAUUUAGUUCAAUCAGGCACACUGACUGAAUCCGAAGGCGCGGAUUUGUAUAUACUUGCUGGACACGAAGCCAGUUAUUAAACUAUCUUCCAACUGUAAAUGUGCAGACAUAAUGUGUCACGAGUGAUUUGUGAUUCCAAUGACUGCAUAUAAAGUAAAAUAUGACUGAGAGGCAGUGGUCGAUGUUGGUAAGAGAAUUGCUAUUAACCUGUUUUAAAGAACAUAUGGAUAAAACCAACAUAAUAUCAACAUAUAUAUAUAUAUACACACACAUACGUCAUUUGUCACUGUUCUCUAUAUAGUUAUUGCUGCAUAGACUGGUUAUUUGCCGAGAAAAAACUUUUUAAUGAAGAUAUAGAAUUAAUGAUCUUCGAAGUCUGAAACUGAAGAUCAUAAUGGAACAGAUUAAGAAGAAGCAUGAUAUAUUUAAAGUAAUAUGUGAAUUCGCCUAAAUGCCUGACAAAAUAAAACUUAUACUAAUUUUCUUAAAAAACAUUUAUAUUGUUAUAAAAUUAAUAUUUUCUCGACAUUCUUUAUAAUAGUAAAUGUCUAGUAAUCAGUAAAUCUAAAAUUUGAUUUUUAACAAUUUUUUCCAUUUUUUUAAUUCAACUUUUUACAUUUACGGGUUUUAAACAACUAGAGAACUAUUCAUAUAUAACAAUAUUUACUUAUAGAUAUAUGAAUAUUUAUAUUUUUAGAAUAAUUUUUAGAUAAUAUAAAAAAUCUUUACAAUAUGGAAAAUAAAUUAAUUGUAUCAACAUAAGCUUUUUGUCUAAACUUUAUACAAGUUAUAGAAAAUAUUGGCCAAAGAUAGUUUAAGUAGAUUAAUAUAUUUGAAACGAAGACAACGAUUUAAAUACAAAUUAAUUAUCAAAAAUAUAUUUAUCAAAUGGCAUUUCCAAUAUAUUUUUCUUGUAUGAAUAAAAAACGAAAAGAAAAGAAAUGUAAAAUUAAAAUGCGUAUACUCAAUAUAAUGUAUAUCCUGUUCUUUUGUAUAUGUUUUAUUUUGAUAGGCAUUGGGCUCUUACAUCAAAGUUACUUUAAUAAGACAUUGCGUUCAUCAGUGUCUCUAAUUUUGGAUGAUUGUACUAUAAAUACACAGUAUAAAUUUGUAAAGUAGUUUAUGAUGGCAAUCAUAAAUUAUUUAUUUUAUAAAAUAUGUAUGAAAAAUCUUAGCUAUUAAUUCAUACAAAACAACCAUUUUUAGUAGAUUCAUAAAUUUUUAACUAUAUGCACCAUGGAAUGCUUUAUGUUUAUAAUAUUAACUAGCAAAUCUAAUAUUGAUAAUAUUGAUUGGAAGUUUAAAAAAGCGAUUAUGGUAAAAAUCUCUGCAUAAUUUUUUCUUAAAAAUAUGUGGCUUUGAUGGAUAUAUAUUAUAAAUAUCCAAAACAAUUUCUUCAUAUUGUACAUGAAUUCAAAUUUUAGGAGCACAAUAUGUCUACAUAUAGUAUAUAUUUGAAUUUCAAUGAAAUAUAUUAGCAUCUUACUUCUUCAAGAUAAUGAUAUUAAGUGCAUUUUGUGUGAUGGCUAUCAAGACUGGGAGAAAUGUGAUAUUUCUCAUUUGUGAAAGACUUUUUAAUGUGAACUGUAUUCAGGAGGAAGAGUGCUGGAUGAAAUAGAGCUUAUGAAGAACGCAAAUAUUACGCUAAGUAUUUUUGCUUUUUUAAAUUAAUUUUCGUUUAAAAUUUGAGAUUUUUUAUUUAAUCUAAAAUAAACAAAAUAAUAUUUUAUGAUUAAUUAAUUGAUAUCAUUAAUAACAAUUAAUGUUAGUAUCAAUUGAUACUAUGUGAUAUACUAUUAUAAUUUCGUUACAGAGAAUAACGUCCGUAUCUUUAAUUAACAAUUGUGCCUAAAAAUUUUAGAAAUUUAUUAUUAUUAUUUAUUUAUAGAAUAGUAUUUCUUUUAUUUACAUUAUGUUAACAAUAUUUAUUUCAAACUUUUUUGGAAUAACAUAAAAUAAAACGACCAAUUUAAAUAUAUCUUUUAUGAAUGUAAAAAUUUACAUUUUUGCAUGCUAUGAAUAAUAUAAAAUAAAAGAUAUAUUAGAAUUUAAAUAAAAGAAAAAUUUUUAGUUUAAAUCGUUAUAAUAAAAUAUUAUUCUUUAAAAAUUUAAUUAUUUUUAAAAUAUUGCAUGUUAAAUAUUAGUAAAAAAGAAUAAAAGAAGAAAAUUAAGCUAAACUAAAUAAAAAAAAAAUUAACUUAAAAAUUGCAAUUUACAAGUUGGAAAUAAUAGAAAAUAAAUAAUAGAAAAUAAAUUUCUUUAAAUAUUAUUUUAAAAUAUAGUUUUUAUUAAAAUGAAGUUUAUAAAAAAAUGGUCAGUUAUUAAUAUUAAAAUGAAUAAAAUUUACAAAGAAUUAAUAGAAACAAUGGAUAAUGUUUCAAAAUGAAAGUUUUAGUAAUUAUUAUUCAAAAUUUAAGUAAUUAAAGUUAAAAUAUUAAAAAAAAUAAAUUAUAAAUACAUAGUUUUUUACAUAGUUUAAAUUUUAUUAGAAUAGAUAGAAUUCAUAUUUUGAUAUUAUUACCACACAGUAAUAUUAAUUAAAUAUUAAUUAAUAUAAUUUGGUCAAGUAUGAUAAUUAAAUAUAACUUAUAGCAAUUAAUAAAUGAAUUAUUAAUAUCAAGUAAAAUUAAAUAUGUUAAAAAUAUUUGAAUUCAAUUAUGAAUUCAGUGCGCUUUAGAUAUUAUCAUUUAGUAAAUUUACGAAUAUCUGGCACUUUUCCAUCCAUUAUUGAUGUCUAUAGCUUGCAAACCAAAGUUAUUGAUUUGCAGUGGCAAGUAUGAAAUGUAAAUUGAAAUAAGAAGGAUUGAGAGAGUAAAAUUAUCUUGGAAAUGUUGAAAUAUUUUGGUAUUUUAUAUGAAGAUUUGCUGUGUAAAUAGGUAGGAUUACUAAAGAAAGUAUUAUGCUAUGAAAAAUUUGCUAUAAUAGUAACAUUAUAGUAAAUAAUAUCUGACUGCUUAUUGUUUGUGGUAAAUAAUUAUAUAAAUAUUUUAUCUAUUGCUAAUAGCAUAAGUGGUAUGAUUAAACUUUUAUUACAAUUUAUUUUUUUAUUAGAAAAAUUUUUUAUUACAAGUUUAAUUAUUUUAUUUAUUAAAUGCUUCUUUUCAGCAAUCAUCAGAUUUUUAAUUUGAACAUUUUUUAGCAAGCAAAGAGACAUUACAGUAUUUUAUUUUAAUACAAAAUAAAAUAUUAUAUGGGUACUAAAUAUAUACCACUUAUGUUAAAGCAAAAUUAAAGACUUAACAUUAAUGAUUUAUUAUUGUGAAGAUAAAGUAAAAUUAUUCUUAACUAAAAAAUAUUUUAUGCUGAAUAUUUUAAAUGAUAAAAAAUAGAUAUGAUAAUGUGUUCACAAUAUGUCCAAGAUAGUUCACUUUAUCAUUUUAAAUAUCACUCUUGUCUUGUGUAUUACUUUUAGAUAUCAAUUUCUAUAUAUUUGUUCAAUGUUUCAUUCCAAAAAGUGAACUAGAAUUUAUUUGUUUAUCUUAAAGCUUACGUGCAUGCGAGCGAACAAAGUGAUAAUUAAUUAGUUUAAGUCCUAUUAUUAAAUGCAUUAAUUAAAUACAUUUGUUGAAUUAACAAUUCUUAAAGCAUUAAGAGCAUUCUUAAGCAUUCUUAAAGUAAUACUAGUAAGUUUUUUAAGAGAAUACAUACAGAUAUAGCUUUUUAAAGACAAGAGAGAUGUUUCUUCAGGGAAUAAAAUUAAGCAGAUUCAUAUAUCAGUAUAUUUACUCGUUUUUGUCAACAAUUUAGUAUGCAAUUACAAUCAGUGCUUGAGCAAUCAAAUAUGAAAUGUUUAAUCAAAUUAUAUAACAACAUAAUUAGAGAAGUCUAAUAAGAUGUUGUUUAUAUGAAUUGAUAAUUCUUGUACAGGAAUGGUAUGUAAAGCAAUGUCUUCCUUAUAUUGCUAUGUUAAGCAUAUACCAUUAGAAGAUAUUGAGUGCUCGCAAUGUGGGCAUUUGAAAGAAUUGUUUUGUAUUAUUUAUCAAUUUUUAAUUUUACUAAUUAUUUAAUAUAUUCAAUUUCGUUUAUUAUAUCACUCAAGUUAUUAAUUUACUUUUCAUUUUUAUUAUUCAAUACAUAAAUAUAGAAAUAUUAAAGAAAUCUUUUACAUAUAUUAUAUAGGAUGUUAAUGUAUUCAUGAGAAGAUUUCUAAAGAUUUUAAAUGGAUAGAUUCUAGAGAUUAAAGCAAAUGCAAAUUUGAUAUACAAAAAUGUUGAUUAAGACUUAUUAAUUAAAUUAUAAACAAUUAAAGUUUGCAUAAAGAAAAUAGAAAUGUGAAUUGUUUCAUAUUUUUUAGUUUCUCUCGCUUUAUCUGAUGCGAACUUAAAUUGUUUAUAAUUUAAUAAAUAAAAUCUUAAUCAACAUUUGUAUGUUAAUUUUUAUAUUUGUAUUAUUCUCUAAAAUGAUUAUUCAAAAUAUUACAGAAAAAUAUUAACAUCUCAUAUACUAUACAAGCAUUUACGAAAUGAAUACUUUUUGUAAAAAAUUAUUUUAGAAAAUUAUUUAAAUCGUUUUAAUUGUACAGUAUAUUUUAUUUUCUGUAUACAUAUAAUCAAUAUUUUCCAAUUUUUUAAAAAUAAGUUUCGGGUAAAUUUACAAUGGUGUGAUAUAGAUUACUAGAACUAAUGAAAGAUAAAAAUUCUAUAUACUUUCAUUGAAAAUAGAUGUAUUUGAAUGUUAUGUAUGAAAACAUUUUUAAUGUUUUAUACACAUAUGUUCUUUUAAUAAUUUUUGUCGAAAGUGUAAAAAUUUACAUAACAAAAAUUGAAUGUUUAUUUCGAUAAGUCGUAAUAAUGAUACUGCAACGUUACCUGGCAAAUUUUUCUAUUAUUAUGAAGACAAUAAUUUCAUUCAUGACAUAAAAGUGCAAAAUGCAUACACUGGAAAAGUGCAAGAAUGUUUAUGCUAACUUCUGAACAAUGGAAAAGAGAAAAAAAAAUAAUUAUAUAAAUACUCAAUGACAGACCAACUAUUAGAAAAUAUAAAUUUAGGAGAACAAAAACAGAAAAAUUCAGAAGUAUAUUACAUGCAAAUUUUACAUAUCCAUAGUCUACUUAUGAGCAUAAAAUUUUAAAUAGAUUUUUCAAGAAUGUUUUGUUGAAUGUACUGCAUAGCUGAAGAUAUUUAAUUUUAAUUGAAUCUUCCUGUAUAUGUAUGCUAUGUACAUAUAAAAUUAAAAUUGUUGGUUUCAUAAAAAAAAUUUAUAUUUUGUAUAGAUAUUAAUAUUUUUUAUGUAACCAACAAUAUUUUUGUUUAAUUCACACGUAAUAUAGAUCUAUUCUAUAGCAGUAGGACAAAUAGUACGAUAACAUGUACCUGUCCAUAUUGACCAGAUUAAUGACUUUGCCUCUAUUAAUGAAUAAAGAAUAUAUAAUUAUCUGAAAGUAUUACAGUAUUAUAUUUACAGAAAUAUAAAAAGUAAAUAUUUUUGUUUUUUAUUUUGUAAUACUUUUAGAUCUUAUAUUCUAUAUAAUUUUAUUUUUCUUAUUUUUUUAAUAAAAAUAAUAUUAUGGUAUCCCGAGAGUGAUACUGAUAAAAUUUAAUAUUUUUCCUUAAUUAAGAAUAUUUAAAGAAUUUUUUUGAUUUUAAUUCUUUUCAUCGUUUUUAUUAUUUUUUUAUUUUAUUUCUUUCAAAAUUAAAUAGUUCUGAUUUAAUAAAAAUAUAGUUAAUAUAGAAUAUAGUAUUACAGUAGUACUCUCAGGAUUCAUAAAUCGUGAAUUUUCACAGGUGCUGUUCUAUCAUCAAGUUAUAAAAAUUGAUUCGGUUUUCUGUUCAGCUAUGUAUUAUGUUUUUCAUUAAAAAAUAUAUGUAAAUAUGUAAACCAAAAUUGGAAUAUUUUAAGAGGCAAAUUCGUGUUGUAAAAAUGACGACUUAGAAAAAAUGAGACAAAGAAAAGGAAAUGCGUGAAAAAGAGGUAUAUAUAAAUAUAAAUAUAUAUAUAUUUAAUAAAAAAUGUCCUUCGAAAAAAAAAUAUAAGUUCAAAGAAAUAUAAGAAUUAGCAUAAACAACGAUAUCGAGAUUUCGUUAGUUUAUGCUAUUUCAUAAGAGAGAAGAAAAAAGAAACUAUAAUUAUCAAUACUCUCAAUAAUAUGUUAUUAACCAAAGUUUUAGUUACGAAUAGAAACAAUAAUGAAAAUAUUCUUAUGAAUGAAAUUAUAAAAAAAAAAAUGUAUUAUUAUCAUAUAAAUAAAUUCUAGCUUUAGAGAGCUUCUCGAUAAGAUGUUGUAUAGAACAAAAGAAAUAAAAUAACUCAUUAAAGUUUUUGUGCAUUUGUAACAAUGUUUUUCAUACUCCUUAUAAAAAAUACUUUCUAGUAUUUUAAUAUUUUAUGAAAUUUUUUGAAAACUUGCACAAGACUAUGAUGUUCAUAUUUUAAGUUCUUUUUUAUACUAUUUAAUUGAAUUAUGAGGAGUUCAAAAAAUAAUUUUGAUUGGAAAACAUUGAUAUCUUGUUUGUUUGAUGUUUGUUUUCUCUACAUUGUCAUUAGUAAUAACGAAAUUUAUAUAUUUUAUUUAAAAAUAUAUUAAUAGAUGGCAUUAUAGUAUAUUAAAUAUAAACAAACAAAAUAGAAGAAAUUUUUUAAAUUAUGGAGCAUUUGAAUGAUAUUGAUUUCAGUACUUAUUACAUAAUGAUUUUGUUAUUAAAAAUUUUAAAAAAAUGAACAAUAAGAAAUGAUUUUUAUGUCAAAAGGAUCAUAAUAAUAAAAUAUUUUUUCUUCUUAUUAUGUAUAAGAAUUGUUUUAUAUAAAUGUAAUUAUUAUAUUUCUGUACAACAUCAAUCGCAGAAACUUUGUAAACAAAAUAAAUCUUAAUUUAUUCUUUAUAUUUAUAUAUGCAGCAGGAACUAAUGGAGAUUUGAAAAAAAAAGAUUUUUAAUUGAAAAUAAUAAUCAAUUAAUGUAUUAUAUAGUUGUAUAUAAUGUGUAUAAUGAAUAAUCUUAUUUUUCAGUUCAUUAAAUUUUUCAUUUUUUAAUUAAUUUUUUAAUUUUUCUUUUCAUCUUUUUUGUAUACAUGCAGUAUUGCAAAACUAAUUUAUGAAUAUAAUGUAUAAUUUACUCUUGUAUUUGUAAACAUGACUAGCCGAAGUCUCUUGUAAAUAGACAUUUCUCGUAAUAAAACCUACCUGAAAUAAUAUUUACAUCCUUUAUAUUUACAUCAGUGAAGAUCUAAACCUUUGAUUAUAUUUUUGAAUUAAAUUUAAUUUUAAUAAUUUUUUUAUAUUUCUAUUGAAAAAGAAUAACAAAAAUUGAUAAUAAUUAAGUUGAUUGAUUAUUUAGAUAUUAGUUUUUUAAAUAGUGUAAUUACAAAUAAAUCACAAACUCAUUUUAUGUCAUAUUAUUUUAUUAUCGUCUAAUUGUUAAAUAUACGAUAGAUUCUUUUCUGUUUUAAAAAAGAAAUGUAAUAACGAUAUUUAACUUGUUAGGUUUUAAGAAUAAAUAAAAGAUAACAUUUUUUUUAACGAAAUUAUUAUUGAAAAAUAUAAUAAUAAUUAUGUUGAAACCCUAACAAGUUAAUGCAAGUACAUUAACGAUUGAAAUAUUCAGUCGAUAUGUACAUACAUAUAUCGAUUUAUAAAUCUGACUGACGACAUUGAAAUAUAAAAAUUUAUUAUUUUUUUCCUUUUUUCUUUUUUUCUUUUUUUUUUUUUUUUUUGAAAAAAUUUAUAACAAUACAGGGCGAUCAUUUUUUGAUAAAUUCUUGAUCAUAAUAAUUCAUUCACAUCGUAAACAUCUUUUUUUACUAAAAAAAAAUAAAUUUUAUUUAAAUAUUUAAUAGUUAUUAGAUCAUUAAUUCUUUUUUUCUUAUGUAUGAAAAUUUUAAUUUUAAUAAUUUUUUUCAAUUAUCCUGUAUUAUUAAUAUAAAAUUUAUAUAUAACACGGAUUAUUACGACAUACGAUAAUUGAAAAUUGGUUAUAAUGUUUUGUUUUUUUAUCACUAAUUUACGAAAUAUAAGAAAUUAUUCGGCAGUAUCUGUUUCAAUGUUGUACGAUAUACACGUGCGCUUCAACACUAGAACUUCAUAUUUGCGCGAGAAAUAAUUUAUUCAAGGCACGAAUAAUAAUACCUUUCGAUGAACGUAAUGUGUACAUGAUAAUUUUGAUCAAAUAUAAACAUUAAAAAAGAAUUUCUCAAAUUAAUUUAUUAUAUAUAUAUAUUUUUUCCAUUGAAAUAUUUAACAUUUCAUUAAUGUUAUUCUUUAUACAAUAUCUUGCUUUUAUUUAUUUUCAAUCUUUCUUUUUUUCUUCUAUUGUACUAAUACAAUAUAAUCUCAAAGAUUGUACUUUGCAGAUCACUUAAAAACCUUAGUAGUUCGUGAUUAUGCAAAUGAAUAUUAUUAAUCUGAAUAAUAAUAACUAUUUAAUCUUUUCGAAUAUAUAUUUCUAAAAAUUGUUAAUUUUUCUAUCACGCAUAUUUUUUUCAUUAAGUAUGCAAAUUAAAUUCUAAAAUCUACAAUGGGAUCUAUUAAUUUCAAAAGGAUUAAAAACAUUAACAAACGUGAAAUUCCCGUGUUCAAAGCUUCAGUUACAAGAUUUGUACAUUUUCAUUGGCAUUAAAUUAUGUUUCAAUGUGACCUUGUAACUGAUCCACUAUUUUUUUUACCCAGCCAGCUUGGCUUUGUCCCGCCGAUACAUCGUCUUUCUCUUCGCCACAGUUCUGUGCGCAAUUAUUUUGUAAACUAUUUUUAGAACAAUAUAUUCCAUUUUCAGAUACACAAGACUUCUCCAAAACUUUACAGUCCAAUUCUUGCUGCCCUUUCAAGAAAACUGAUUUCACUUUUAAAUAUUCAGGUUUUUGAGCUAUAUUAGGUUUAUACUUUGUUAUUGUAACAUUAUUUCCUGAAGGAUUUAUCGUUGUAAUUGAUUCUGUUCUUUUUUUCGCUGGAACAGGUGGUGCCAGCUUAUUCUUGAAUGACGCACAAUCCUCAAAAGGUUGACUUGAAAGUGGCCUAGCCACCAGAACUUCUUCGAUAUCGCUAAAUAUUGCACUAUCCCGGAACGCGUCAUCAACAUCUGCAUCCACAUAGUUCUCAAUCGUCUCGAAUGAUUUUUCAUAAAAACUAUCCGUUUCACUUUCUCGGUUUUCUAUACUUUCUUCAUCUUCCUUUUUUUCCUCUUUAGCUUGAGACUGACUAUUCAUUAACUGACGCUUACUUUCGAAAAAUAAUAAAGCUGGAUCUGCAUAAUCAGACUGAGCAAUUCGAGCACCUAGACUCGAACUUCCUUGCUUAUAAUACAAUGAAGGAAUUCUUAAAUCUGAAUUUCCUUUUGCUGUACAUCCCACAAACUCCUCUAUAUCUGAAGAAGAUUCUCUUGAUUGCUUCAUCUUGCUUUUCUUCUUUAACUUACCUGUACUUAAAGAACGAAAGUAUUUGGUCCUUUCUAAUUCUUCAUUACACUCUAAAGUCUCUGUACUCAUAGUAUUUCUUAGACCCUGAAGACGAUUUCCAGCUUUAGAAAGAACAUUUUUAAAUAUGGUGCUCCCACUAUUAUUCGCUCUAUAGAUUUUGUGAUCAGGAUGUAUAUUUGUAAUUGUAGAAGAUAUAUGGAUUUCCGAAUAAGCGUCUGUUAACGUAUCAUCCAAAGAACAAAAGAAUGUUGAUGUAGAAGUUGAAACAGAAGUCGGAAAUUUAGCGAUUCUUCCUUCUGGUUGGCAUGUAGCAGCGUAUCUUUCCAUAUCUUCUAAAUUAAUUUCUGCUGGUUUAUCUGAAGCUAUAGUAAAUGGUCUCUCGCUCAUAGGUUUACCAUCCCUUUGUAAAAAGCGUGACUUUGUUACAUUCUGAUUGGUAUUAGGAUGGAUUUGAAAACUACGUGGAAGAGAACCGCAUUUUUGAGGCGAAACUGGUAAUCCUUCACAUAAUUUAGUUAACCAAACUGCUGGACGAGUUGGACUAUCAUUUCCAUCCAAGUCUUUUUCUUCUUGUAGAACUUCCCAUACAUGCUGUAAGUUGUCAUAGUUUCCAAAACCUUUAGAUUGUUCUUUAUUAACUUCAUUUGUAUAUUCAUUAUUUUCUGUUUUAUCUUUAUCGUUUUCUACAAUUUGAACUUCAAUCUCUUUCGGAACUUGAGCUGUUGAUGAUUGAAUAAUUGUUUCUUCCUUUCUCGAAUUUGAAUUGUCUCUUAUUCUAAGCGCAGUCUUGAUAAUUUUACUUUCCGUUACAAUACUUUGUUUUUUAAAUGCUUUCGAAAUACUUUGUUUCUCAAACAACGCUUUCUUCUCUUGUACAAAAUUGAUCUUAUUUUUCGAAUUACUAUCCACUGAUUUAUUAUUUUCAGUUUUAUUUAGAUUAUCAUAUAGCAAUUGCAGACUAGAUUGAUGGUCACGAGUUAAAGAUAAUGAGUUCCAAGUAUUAUUCGUUUUAACAAAACGUUCUCGAUGGCCUGUUCGAAUACGCGAUAUCCUAUUAUUAAUUGAAUUAUGUGCAAUAUAAUUUGUGUUUUCUGAAUCACUUUCAGUAGAUGCAUCAGUUGAUUCAUCAGAAAUAUGUUUAUUAAAACGUUGCUGUUGUCUGACAUUAAUUAUACUGUUCGUUCGUUGUUUCUCAAGAAGUUUUUGAAAUUCUUGAUUUUGCAUCAGAAUAUGGCCAACUAUUUCCUUAACUGUUUGAGUCUGUUGUUCAUUAUUGUCUUUGGUUUCGGACGAUAGAGAGUUUGUAUGCUCGUUUUCAAUAAUCGCGCACUCGGUUUCAACUGUGGCUGAUUCUGUAUCACCUGUAUCCUCUUUCUGCUCUUCAUCAGAUUGGUUAAGACAUACAUAAGAUUGAAAGCCUGGUUCUGAUUUCCUUCUCCAACCAGUAAAGCGAUCCUGAAC